AUGGCAAACAAUUUCCCCCUUCGGGUUCUACCAACCAUCGACCCCUCUGCGGGGCACACCUUCAUCACCCCCAGCAAGAGAAUCCACGAAUCUCAAGAUGUAUCAGAGUUCCUCGUCUCCAAAGCCUACGUCGAUAUCAUGACCUUCCUCCUGCAGCUCAACCGGGCCAUGCUCCCCGUCAAACUUGCCGACGGCACUGUACAAUCCUGGCCGAUCAACACAGACGCCGUCGAGUUCUCCGCGCCUGUACGGCAGCUCCAGCAGCUCCUGACAAAACUGGAGGAACUUCUCGAAGAGGCGCCGCCUGAUACUGGUCCGCGGAGGUUUGGGAAUAUCAGUUUCCGCAGGUGGUACGAGCUCGUGGAGAGCCGAGCCUCAAAGCUACUGGGGGAGUGUUUGUCAUCCGAGCUGCUGCAGGCCAGAUCGUCGAAUCCUGACGGUGUGACGGCGGAGGUGGAGCUCAAAGCGUACUUUUUAGGCAGCUGGGGGAGCCCACAGAGGCUGGACUAUGGGACUGGACAUGAGCUGAGCUUUCUGGCUUUCUUGGCUGGGAUAUGGAAGCUGAAUGGGUUUCCGAAGACAACUCCGGGGGUGGAGGAGAGAGCUAUCGUCUUGGGGGUUAUACAGCCAUAUCUAGAGCUGGUGCGAACCAUUAUCAAGCGGUACACGCUCGAACCGGCAGGGUCUCACGGCGUCUGGGGAUUGGACGACCAUUCCUUCAUUCCGUACAUUCUGGGAUCCGCACAACUGGCGCCUGCCAUUUCAGAAACAGAUCCAACUCCUGAAGAAGGCUCGCUUCCAGGUGCUCCAUCGCCCAAUGGCGUCACCAAAGCACAUAUUGUCGAACGAGAAAGGUUGACGAAUAUGUAUUUCUCCGCGAUUGGCUUCAUUUACGACGUCAAGAAAGGGCCAUUCUGGGAACACAGCCCUAUGCUCUACGACAUUUCCGGCAUUCAGGCUGGUUGGGGGAAAAUCAACAAAGGUAUGAUCAAAAUGUACAACGCGGAAGUCCUAUCCAAGUUCCCCGUAGUGCAGCACUUCCCCUUUGGCUCCCUGUUCAGCUGGGAUCGGGAUCCCAAUGCCGUCCCGCCCCCGGCGUCCGCUCAUACAUCUACCGCCCAGACUCAGUCUAGGGGGCCGGCAGUCCCAUCUGCAGGACAGAUGCCGCCGUCCGGGACCAAGGCACCCUGGGCAACUGGUACUCAGGCAGCCCCGCCGGUUGGAGCAGGAACCGCCGCGCCAUGGGCAGCAAGGAGAGACGGAUGUCCGCCCGGAGAACCACCUACUACCCUUCCUGAUACGUCACGACUACCUCCUGGGCCUAUGGCCCCAACCAGAGCUCCGUGGGCGGCAUCGUCAGCCGGGCAGGCACCUGGCGGUGAUCCAAGUCAAGCUCCCACCAAAGCUCCCUGGGCGAAGUAA